AUUAAGUGAAUAGUAUCUUGUUUGUAACAACUACGAAGUUUUUUGAUAAUUCUGCGCAUGUUGUGGAAUUGCUAUUGCCGUAAGAUUGGUGAGCUUGUAGGUACCGUCAUUAGAACGAAAGUGAGAAGUGUGAUAAUAGCAACCGCAUGUGGGUCUGUUUUGUCUGGAGUAUUUUACUUUACUGUCAAUGGUUAUGAACAUGUAAAAAUGAAGACUCGAAAGGCUGAUAUUAGACAUUUAUCUCUUGAAGAAAAGUUUCGUACCUUCGCUUCCUUGCGAUUUAACGGAGUUCUGCUGAUGACUCCUUCAGAUUUCCUACGUUCUUUGGUUGAUGAUCAAAAGCAGGUCAAAAUGAUGAUAAAAAAUGAAUCGCAUUUUAUUGAGAAGAUAAUGAUCAGAGCAUCCAAGAAGAAACAUGGAUCUCGUUUUUUUCGAAACCUUCAAAACGAUGGGAUAAUAACAUUUUCAGAAUAUUUGUUCCUGCUACAUAUACUAACAAAAUCUCCUUCGGGUUUCGAAAUAGCCUUCAAAAUGCUCGAUAGGGAUUUAAGUGGAUCUGUUGACGCCAGAGAAUUCAUGAUAUUGAACCAUAUAAUCGCAGAAAGUACCGAAGAUAUACCCGAUACCGAUAGAGGAGCUUGUGAUCUCUUGCUUCCGGCAGACCAAGCUUAUAAUACAACUCUGAUGACUCACCUAUUUGGCUAUAAUAAGACUCAUAACUUGAGCUUUGAGGAAUUUAAAAGAUUUAUGCACAAUGUUCAAACAGAAGCAUUAGAGGUUGAAUUUCAGGAGUUUUCUUCAGGCUCAUCUACAAUUACACCAGUUGACUUCGCUCGCAUUAUUCUUCGUUAUACCACAGUGUCUACUUCUGAGUAUGAUGCAUUCAUAAAUCGACUUGAAAAAGCCGUUCCGUCCAACAUAGCAAUCUCCUUCAACGAAUUUCAGAAAUUCUUCAUGUUUCUAAACUGUUUGGAUGAUUUUGCACUGGCAGUAAAAAUGUACACUAUUGCAGGCCAGCCUAUAUCACUACCUGAAUUUAAGAGAGCUGUUAAAGCAUGCAUUGGUAAUGAGUUAAGCUCUGAUGUUUUAACAGUCUUGUUUGCCUUAUUUGAUCGUGAUGAAGACAAUUGUCUUAGUUAUAAUGAAUUCAUUCAUAUCAUGCGGGAACGACAUUCUGGAGGACUGUCGCAUACUUCUAAACAUAGUCAAUACGCAAGGAUGUUUCAAAAGUGCUUAAAACGUGAACUCCAAAGUUCAAUGAAUUGAGGAUACGAAUAAGUGUUUUAAUUCAAACUUUAAAAUCAACUCCUAUGCUUAAAUGAAUUCAGUAUUACAACUCAUUAUUCCUCUCUUCGAAAUUGAAAUAACAGCAAUGAAUCAAAGGAUCAGCUUUAUUUUGUCCAACUGAAUUAUAAACAUAUUUGUUUUUGAAUGAAUGUAAUGGGUAAAUGAUCAAGUCUUUGAAUAAUGCAUAGAAUACGGCAGUCUUUCAUGUGGAUGUUUCGAAUUGAAGGCAUGAACAAGUCAAGAGACUAAAACAGUUUCGUGCUAACACUUUACUCUUUGCUUACUUUUGUUUACAUAAUUUUUCGACGAAAAAAUGUAUUUCCUCAUAAAAAUAAUUACUUAGAAUGUUUGAAACCGGAAAUUUAUUAGGUUAUUGUAUUCAAUGUUAAACGAUCUGAAACAAACGUUCAAGGUGUAAUAUUUGAUGACUCUCUCUGGCUGAUCUAUUUAGUUUCCCCAAAAAAAUGAUAUGGAUAGUUUCUAAUCAUCUCUGUUUCUGAUGGCUAAGUUUAUUAGCCAUAAUUAGGUAAAUAUUUUUUGGUUCAAAAUCAUUUUCAUUGUGCAUAAAAUUUCUAAAUCAUACAUUUAUCAUAAUGUAAUUAAUUAGAGUAUUGUUCGAUUUGUUUUUGCUCAACAAGUCAUGUGAAAGACUCUAUGAACUAGUUUUUUUUAUUUGCAUUAAACAAUAUAAACUUGUGUUAGUUUAUUUCGGUCAUUUAUUUACUCUGAAGAAUUGGCUUACAUCAAGUCACGAAACCUCAGAAAUAUGAUCCUUUUACUCAUUGAAAUAAAACAAAAAAUAUAUAAUUAUUAUUAAAAAAUAAUUGAACAACAGUUUAUAUAAAUCCAAAAACGUUAUGUAAAUCCUCUUACUCGAAUUAUGAUGAAAGAAAUUUCGCUUCAUUUCUUGAUACGAUAUAUUUUUAUUACACAAAAUAUUCUCAUUUUCUUUUUUAUGUGAUGAAAAUAUUUAACUUUGACGAAUUUUAUUAAUUCAUUUUGAAGCAGUAACAUUCCCUUUUGUUCUCAAACUUAAAGUAUAACAUCAAAUAAAACUCUAUUUAUCAUCUAUUUUUUAAACUCGUUUGUUAAUAGGAUUUGUAACACUAUUUGAGAAUAAUCCUUAAACAAAAUAGCUACUCUUCUGUGUUCUAUAUGAAGAAGCAAUUUUUACAACAAUUUUCGUAGAAACUUGUAUUAUUUCCCUUUCUCAAGCUUAGUCGUAAUAUCAGUUGAUACAAGGUGCUAGAACAUAGAAAUAAGAAUAUAAUAAAGGUAAA